CAGCUGUAAGGGACUCACCACCCUUCAUCUACAGCAGCAGAUACCACAACUAUCAUGAACUUUUGCUAUUGGUCUUAGCAAGAAGGGCUUGGGAUAAUUCUCUAGCUGGCUACCUUAUCCUGAAGGACGUUACUAACUCAUUUGUAUUUCUGAUCACCAAAUGCCCUCUCGAUAGAACUGAUUAGCAAGCUUACAGCUCUCCGAAGAAACCAACUGAGGCAAGCUCCUGUUUACUUCACAUUCGUCUGAUCUACUAUAUAUAACCUUUAUCCAAAGACAUUGAGCCUGCUGCGCUCGCUCCAUAAACAUGGACACUCCCGAUCUCGAAUGCACCCAUCUCACCUCACCAGACUAUAAGAACUUCGUCCUGUCCAUUUUGAUUAUAUUUGGGAUUCUCCUGUCGUAUCUCCCUCAACAUAUUCGCAUAAUCAACCUCAAAAGCUCCUUCGGGAUCUCCCCAUACUUCGUUCUCCUGGGAACCACUUCAGGUACCUCGGCGUUCGCAAAUGUUGCGACACAACAGCAGAGUUUACAGGAUGUGGAAUGCUGCAAGAACAUCACUGGACUAGCUUGCUUCGGGGGCUUACUCGGCAUCUUCCAAGUCGGAACACAGUGGCUCUGCUUUGUUACCAUCCUGCUCCUGUUCGUUAUUUACUUCCCCCGAGCCACCUCCCCAACCUCACCUACAGAAUCAGAAUCUUCGGCGAGAAAUGGCCCAACAUAUAGAACAGCCUUGGUCGUCAGCGGUAUUUGUAUCCUCCACGCCGUGGUGAUGUUCAUGACCUCUGUCGCAAUCGCAGUCAACCGGCCAACCCAGCUUCAAGCAUGGUCCAACUUCUCAGGGGUAGUUGCUGCCAUCCUCGCUUCGAUCCAGUACUUCCCUCAGAUCUACACUACGUUGAAGUUGCGGUGUGUGGGUAGUCUGAGCAUCCCCAUGAUGUGUAUCCAAACUCCGGGAAGUCUUGUGUGGGCAGGCAGCUUAGCUGCACGACUGGGACCAAAGGGGUGGAGCACAUGGGGCGUAUUGAUUGUGACGGCAUGCUUACAAGGCACGCUCUUGGUACUGGCCAUCUUUUUUGAAUAUUUCGGGCCCAACAAGCAGCGUAACCAUCGCCAUGGCAAAGAUCUCCCUCCGAACGGUGCCGGAGAAGGCCCAGACGAAAGAGACCAUGAGCAGCCGUCUGAGGAGACGCCACUUCUCCAAGGUCAGUGAUCUAUUUAGCGCAGAAUCGGCCGCGCUUUCGCAUCAGAGACGGGUAACUAUCGACUUGUUUUGUUUUGGAUUUCCCCUAGACUAUAUCCAGUUCAGAUACUAGACGUUUGCCGAGGCUGCUGAGCAGCUCGGACUGCAUUUUGUUGAAAUCACGGAGAGACUGUAUCAGCGAAC